AUGCCGGGAAUCAAAGGUCCUUCUGAAUAUUCGCAAGAACCCCCUCGCCACCCUCGUCUCAGAAUUAAUGCCAAGGAGCCCUUCAAUGCUGAGCCACUUCGUUCAGAUUUGAUUUCUUCUUAUGUGACUCCUGUGGAUUUUUUCUACAAGAGAAACCAUGGACCAAUCCCAAUAGUUGAUGACAUAGAAAGAUAUUGCGUUUCUAUGACUGGUUUAAUUGACAAUCCCAAACAACUAUUUAUGAAAGAUAUAUGGAACCUUCCAAAAUACAAUGUCACUGCCACUUUGCAGUGUGCUGGUAACAGGAGGACUGCGAUGAGCAACACCAAAACAGUGAAAGGUGUUGGCUGGGAUGUUGCUGCUCUAGGAAAUGCUGUCUGGGGUGGGGCUAAAUUGGCAGAUGUUCUAGAACUUGUUGGGAUACCAAAGUUGACAAGUGCUACACCAUCAGGUGGAAAGCAUGUUGAAUUUGUCAGCAUUGAUAAGUGUAAGGAGGAGAAUGGGGGCCCGUAUAAGGCAUCAAUUCCAUUGUCUCAGGCCACUAACCCUGGCGCUGAUGUUUUACUUGCAUAUGAGAUGAAUGGGAAGACUCUAAACAGGGACCAUGGAUAUCCAUUACGUGUAGUAGUCCCAGGUAUUAUCGGUGCCCGUUCUGUUAAGUGGCUGGAUUCCAUUGGCAUAAUUACUGAAGAAUGCCAGGGCUUCUUUAUGCAAAAAGACUAUAAAAUGUUUCCACCUUCAGUUAAUUGGGAUAAUAUCGAUUGGUCUACAAGGAAGCCGCAAAUGGAUUUCCCUGUUCAGAGUGCAAUAUGCUCCUUAGAGGACGUGAACGUUGUAAAGAAUGGAAAGGUAACUAUCAAGGGAUAUGCGGUAUCAGGAGGUGGCCGUGGAAUCGAGAGAGUAGAUAUAUCUGUUGAUGGUGGCAAAACCUGGGUGGAAGCAUCCAGAUACCAGAAGGCUGGCAUUCCAUACGUUGCUGGUGAUAUUAGUAGCAGCGACAAAUGGGCAUGGGUUUUUUUUGAGGCACACACUGAUGUUCCAAAGGAUGCUGAGAUAGUUGCUAAAGCGGUGGACAUAGCCGCAAAUGUGCAACCUGAAAGUGUGGAAGCCAUUUGGAACUUGAGAGGAAUACUGAACACUUCGUGGCAUCGGGUUCAUGUGCGGGUUGGUCACUCUAAUAUGUAGUUGGCUACAUACAAGAGAACUGAGCUCUGGCGUAAAUUUUUUUCCAUGCUGUGAUCUAUAAAAGUGUCUUUGCUCGGGCAUGGUUGAAAUAUGUUGAAUACUUACUUUGGCUUCACAAAGACUCUAUCCAUGAUCGACUCUAUGUCUGUAGACUUACUGAGCUUUGGCAAUUGUGCUAUAUGCCACUAGCAUAGACAUAAAUAUUUGUUUGUUUUUGUCCUCCAUAAUAAUUUAAGGGGAAAUACUAUGGUAUACACCGCGUGUACCAUACGUAUGAGACUUUGUGAUCUUAGUUGUGAAUUUUUGUGAUGUUCAUUAUGAGCAUUUGCGGUGUGAUUUGUUAGGAGGCAGUUACAAAUUAUUAUUACUAGUUAGGAUAUGAUGUACCAUAAUAACCCCUCUUUGUUAAGCUUUGGAAAUAAAUGAAUGGUUAUCCAUCCCGAA